AUGAAAGGGUUGAACAAUGAUGCAUGUGAUAAUCUCAUGAAAAGAAAUCCUAAAACAUGGUGUAGGGCCUAUUUUGUAACAGAUAAGGCAUGCGAGGCUAUAGAAAAUGGAAUAUACGACUCUUUUAACUCUGCAAUCGUUGGUGCUAAGGAGUACAAAUUCAAGGAAAACUGUUGUUGGACCAAAGGUACUUCAAAAGAUGAGAAAAUGGCACAAAACAUGAGGACUAAAAUAACAAAAUUUGAUGAAAGAUCUCCUAAAGGACCAUCUGCAGCUACAAGUGGUGGUAGAAGAGGAAGAGGACCAAUGGGGGUAAGAGGUGGAAGACAAUCAUCUGCAGGUACAAGUGGUGCUAGAGGAGGAAGGUCAUUGAUUGAUGAAAUGAUUUAUUCACCAAUAGAAAAUGAAGUUAUAAACAUGUUUGAUAAUCUUGAGGAAGAACUACAUACGGUUGAAAUGGUAAAGGGAUAA